AUGUCUUCCCGUUACACGCCCAAGCGCAUCCUUAAGAAACAACUCUCCCAGCAGGAACACAGUCUCAUGGAGGAUUGGGCGCCUGGGAACCUAAACGCGCAUCACAACAUUGAGACUGAUGCCCCCGUCUUAGCAAAACAUCAGGCCCCGAGCUCGAAACUUGUUAAACAAGAAGGGUAUAUAACCCCGAACGGAACUCAUCUCUCCGACCACGAACUAGCUAAAUUAUCACAUGGCAUUGAAAAUUCGGAGUCGAAGUGUAUGGGUCUCCCAUCUAUGAAAAUGGAAUUCACUACGCGCUAUUGGUUCUACUAUGCAAUCGUGUCUGUGCCUGCUUAG